AUGUUGCAGCAUCUUCUCGCCGUUGGGCUUUUGGGCCUCGCGAAGACUUCGCAUGCAAGUUAUGGAUUCUACGUGGGCAAGGCACUCACCCACGACGGGAGCGUCAUGCUUGGCGGAACAGGCGAGGAGGUAUCGUCGCAUUGGCUUCAAAUCUUCCCGGCCAAAGACCACGCGUCCAACGAGACCAUCACCGUCGGCGUCACUGAAGACGCAGUCAUGCCGGGCAAGCUGAUGAACAUCUCGCAAGCACCGCAUACGUUCCGCUACCUGUCCAUGGAGUACUCCGACUUUGAAGGCUUUCCCGCGCCCCUCACCAACGGUGGUGUGAAUGAAAAGGGCGUUGCGGUUCGCGACAUCUGGGCCCAGAACCGCGAUGAUCUCAUUGCAAUGACCCCAAACCCGCAGACAGGAUUGCAGUAUUCGGAUCUUGCUCGUAUUGUGCUGGAAAGAGCACGUACCGCGCGCGAAGGCGUGGAGCUCAUUGGGCAACUGAUUGCCGAGCACGGUUAUGCUGACUAUGGCGGCAACUCGCAUCUGAUCGCUGAUGCGCACGAGGGUUGGGUGGUCUGGGAGAUGUCAGGAGGGCAAAAGUUGUGGGCGGCAGAACGCCUAGGGGAUAACAACGUGCGCGUCCUCUAUCCCGGCUACAUUGAAGACUUCCCAGUCGACUUUGCAAAUAGCUCAGACUAUAUGGGUAGCCCCAACAUUGUGAGCUUUGCCGUCGACCAAGGCUGGUGGAACCCCAACGGCACCAAGCCAUUCAACAUUUUCAAUGCGUACGCGCCCCAGGAAGAGGGCUACACUGCCCGAGACGGCGGUGCAAAAUACAUGUCGCAGGCGGCGCUUGAGGAUGUGACACGUGCAAUGGCUCCCGUGACGGAAAAAGACCUCAUGGAGCGCGUUCGCGACUACCGUAUUGCAGACGACGAAGCCGGCUAUGGCCAGGUCGUCUCCCUACGCCCAGAAAUGGACCCCGACCUCAUCCGCAUUUGGGUUGCGCCGACGGGCUCUGUAACGGCACCCUUCAAUCCAUGGUGGCUAGGCGUAAAGAGCGUCCCACCCGAGUACGGACUGCAUCGCUACCUGUACAAGGACGCCGCGGCAACCUUCUUGGACCCCGACUACCAGUACCAAGAAGCCACCCAUGUUGCUGGACGCAUCUUCAAGCAAGUGCUCUAUUACACAUGCUCUGACCCAGACACAUAUCUGCCCGUCGUUCAGAAGAUGCUGCAUGGGUUUGAGAACGCAUCUUUUGCCGACGUCGAAUGGGUUGAGCAGGCUGCUCACACACUGGUGGGAAAUGGGCAGCGGGAGCAUGCACUCGAGUUCCUGACCUUUUACUCGCAUGCACGAGCGGAGAAAGCAUUGGCGCUUGGAAAGACCAUGGUUGAUGCUCUCGAUGCUUAUGUGAAGCUGAAGGGCCAGUUUCGCAUGCCGAGCGGCAAUCGGAUUAAUGAUCCUGGACUUGGGGCUGAGACGGUAAACUGCUUGGUAGGAUGGGAUCCGGAUCAACCAGCUGACAAGCAGAGGCCUAUGAAGAGAUUUCGACGACAAAGAGGCUUCUGGUAA